GCCAGGUACACCCCCUGCAUCAGGCCCCUCCCUUACCUAGGGCAGUUUCCGCCCCAGGGGCCUCUAGAGCCGGAAACAACGGGUUCAGAAAGUAGAUCCACAAACAUGGAAGAAAGCCCCAGGGAAGCCUGGGGACCAUCCAGAGUCUGGCCUAGCUCUCAGAAGGCCAGAACAGGCCCAUCACUGGCCUCCGUGCUGAACGAUCUUCCAAGCGCUGCCACUCUUCGGUACCGUGGCCCUGGUGUUCUCCCUUGGGGGACACUGGAUGAAGAUGAUGAUGGAGAAAGCAGCCUUCAGGACUUUAAAGAAACUCCCCAAAUGGAAUCUCGCCCUUCCCGAGAACUUCCCUGGCCUAUGCAAGCAAGGCGGGCACACAGGAAGAGCCAGGCUAGACAGCAGGUAGCCUCAAGCUCUAAAUCUAGGGCUGCCCACUGGACCCGACAGCUUUCCAGGGCCAAAGGAAAAAUGAAGGAAGGCUUUCAAGCUAUACAGCCCUGGGCAUGGACGCUGAAGAAGAUUGGGGGCCAGUUUGGAGCAGGCACUGAGUCCUACUUCUCCUUGCUGCGCUUCCUGCUCUUUCUCAACCUGCUGGCGUCCGUGAUUGAAGUCUGCAUGAAACUGAUCCCUACCUGGUUGGAAGGGGCUCCUCCAGGUCCCCCUAGCCCUAACAUCUCCUCACCCUGUGGUUCCUAUUCACCCCACACCCAAGGCCUGGUCACCUUCCCCACUCAGCUCUUCAACUUGCUCUCUGGAGAGGGUUACCUAGAGUGGUCCCCUCUGUUCUAUGGGUUCUACCCACCCCGGUCAAGCCUGCCCGUCACCUACCUGUGCUCCGUCUUUGCCAUCGGCCUCAUCUACUUGCUGUUCAUCCUACAUCGUUCCGUGUCUGGGUUGAAGGAGACACUGUUGGCCGAGUCAGAGGUUCUGACCAGCUACAGCCACCGGGUGUUCUCAGCUUGGAAUUUUGGCCUCUGCGGGGAUGUUCACGUGCGCUUGCGCCAGCGCAUCAUUUUGUAUGAAUUGCAGGUGGAGCUGGAGGAAGCAGUGGUCCGGCGCCGUGCUGCGGAGCGGACGCUGGGCCAGCGAGCCAAGGUGUGGUCGUUGAGAGCGCUGCUCAACCUGCUGGUCCUCGCGCUCCUGGGGGCGGCCUUUUACGGCAUCUACUGGGCCACAGAGCCCACCGCAAUGCUGCAGGAGACAGACCUUAUCCAACAGACGCCAUUACUCAAGCUUCUGGUGGAUUACCUUCCAUCCAUCUUCAUUUCCGUGUUCAACUUCGUGCUGCCUCCAGUAUUCGAGUUUAUUGCGUCACUAGAGGGCUACACUCGCAGCCGGCAGAUCGUCUUAGUCCUGCUUAGAACUGUGUUUUUGCGUCUGGCCUCCCUGUUGUUGCUUCUGUUCUCUCUGUGGAAUCAGAUCACUUGUGGGGGAAACAUGGAGGCAGAAGGAUGCAAGGCCUGUGGCUACAAUUACAGAGAGCUUCCGUGCUGGGAGACUCGGCUGGGCCAGGAAAUGUACAAACUUGUGCUGUUUGAUCUGCUGAUGGGCCUGUUGGUCACGCUGUUGGUCCAGUUUCCUAGGAAGAUACUCUGUGGCCUCUGUCCCGGGGCGUUGGGUAAUCUGUCAGGGACUCUGGAGUUCCAGGUGGCUGACGAGGUGCUGGGGCUCAUCUACGCUCAGACCGUGGUCUGGGUAGGAAGCUUUUUCUGCCCUUUACUACCUUUGAUCAACACAGCCAAGUUCCUGAUACUUUUCUGUCUGAAGAAGAUAACACUCUUCUCCAUCUACUCACCGGCCUCCCACACCUUCCGAGCAUCCAUGGCCAAUUUCUUUUUCCCCCUGGUGCUGCUGGUGGGCCUGGCGGUCUCUGCCGUGCCCGUACUUUACAGUGUCUUCCUGAUCCCACCUUCUAAGCUGUGUGGUCCGUUCCGAGGGAAGUCGUCCAUUUGGGCCCAGAUCCCGGAGUCUAUUGAGAGCCUCCCUCAGUCUGCCCAGAACUUUCUCUACUUCCUGGGGACCCAGGCUUUUACUGUACCCCUUCUGAUCAUUUCUAGCAUCCUGAUGGCAUAUACAGUAGCCCUGGCGAACAGCUACGGACGCCUCAUCUCUGAGCUCAAACGGCAGAUACAGACGGAAGCGCAGAAUAAAGUCUUCCUAGCCCAGCAAGCAGUGGCUCUGAGCUCCAAGAAUAGAGCUCUCUGACUGGAAAUGCCGUCCCACCUUCAGCCCCUCAGACCCAUUGUAAGCGUCAGUGACUUUAUAUAACGAGCGAUGGUGCCGUCUCGUCUCUAGGAUCGAAUCCCAUGCCCACCGCCACCGAGUGGCAC